UGCGGGUGGGGCUAGCUGCCCUGAACUCGUCGAAAUAUAAUAUUAGUUUAUGUGCAAAUAAAAAUUAAAAAUCUGGUUCCGGCAAUGGGUGAUUCUACGGUGACGUGAUUAACAUUGGUUAACUCAAAAAGUAAUAGUAUGAUUAAAACAACAAUUGUUAGAUAUGUGAACGACCAUCCACGGAACGAUUGCAUGAAGCAGUUUAAAUGUCAAGUAGAUUUUGUUAUGUUCUCUGGUGGGCGAAAGAUCAAAUUUUAUACAUGCUUGACAUGGUCGCUACUGCUAAGGUGUUUGUGGUGGUUUGUCAUCACUUUGAGCUGUGGUAGUGUUGUGGUCUUCACUUCUGGUUUUUAUUUAAAGAUACCACCUGUUAAACUAAAAUAUGCGUUACAUCCGAUAAACGAAAAUCAUUGUACAGCAAUCAAAGCUAAUUAGGGUAUAAGAAGUAAUAUCUACUAUUCUUUCGCAAUGGAGAAUCAAUUUUUCGCACAUACAUAUUUGCCUCAUAUAAUACAUGCUUAUGCUAUUAAGAAAAAUUCAUUCUUUGAUAUGAAUCAUAAAUGUUAUAGGCUUACGUGCCAUCAUCUCAGAAUUGUAAAGGUCAAAAAACGCCAGCAACGCGUUUUGAUGAUUUUGGAUAGCAAGAAUAUCAAGUACGACAUUGUGGACAUAACGGAGCCGGGGAAAGAAAGCGAAAAAGAGUUGAUGCAAACAAAGUCAACCAGCAAUGGUGCGACAGUAAGUGACCCAGAGCCAAGACAUCCACUGCCACCACAAAUAUUCAACCAGGAAGAAUAUUGUGGGGAUUAUGAUGCCUUCGAUUUGGCCAAUGAAAUAGAUACAUUGGAGCAGUUCUUGAAGCUGGCACCGGCCGAUACCACAGCUGUUUCUAGUGCUCAGCUGGAGCUGAAGCAGGAAAAUGGCGAAGUAAAAGCAUCAGAUGAUGAGAACAAAGAAAAUGUAGAAGAGAAACCUGAAAGUGAAGAGGUCGGCAAGACGGCUGACGACAGUCAAGCUGCUGCCGAUGCUGGGGAGAGUGCAAACGAUGAUGGCGAGACCAAGAAUGCUGAGAAUGAAGCGCAGGAGGAACAAAAUGAAGAAAAGAAAGACGAAACUGAAACGGCCGAAGCCGAUACAGAAGAGGACAAAUCCAUAGCAGAGACUGCUAAAGAAGAAGUGGCUGAGGAGCAGUCAAAGAGUGACGAUACGAAACCAAAUAAUGCAGAAGGCGAUCCGACCGAGACGCAAAAAGCGGAAACUAAAGCCGACGACGAAGAAAAAAGCGCAAAAGUAGGAGACAGCGAAAAUGUCGAAGACACAGCAGAAACGGAAGUAGUGAAAGAUAAAUCCAAUGAGGAAGCGGAAGAUAAAACGGAAAGUGAGCCGGAACCGGAAACGGCGAAAAAAGAAAAUGUCACAGAAGCAGAAACAUCGUCUGUGGAAACAGAUUCUUUGAAAGAAGAUACGGAGGAAAACACUCAAAAAGAUGAAACCGCAAAAUUAGAAACGGAUAACCAAGAUAAUGUUGUCAGUAAUGACAAAGAUGAAGAAGCUGGAAAAGAAGCAGAAAAUUCUGAAGCAAAUGAGAAAGAUGUUGUGGAUGAUAGUGAAAAAGAAAACGAAGAAACGGACAAAACCGGCAACGAUGAUGCAAAGAUUGUUGGUGAUAAAAAUGAAGUUGCUGAAAAAGAGAGUGAAAAAACAACAGAAGAUAAAAAGGAAAAUGUAGAAUCUAAUAACGAUGAAAAUGAGAAUGCAAGUGAAGAAAACGUGACGAGCAAAGAAGAAGAUGAUGAUGAAGAAGAAUCAAGUUCAGCGGAAAAAGUUAUUAAUAAGGCAGAAGAAACCGCAGCAAAUAAAGAUGACAUUAAGGAAGAGAUUGUUAGCAACGAUCACGAUGAUAUUGAUUAGUGAUAAUAACAUUAAAAUUAAGAUAAACCUCUUCCGCGAUCGACUGCUUAGCUUUUGGAUAUGUUUCACAAACACUAGUUAACUUUUAUUUAUUAAAUACACCGUCCUUAGUUUCUCACUUUAAAAUGGUUUUGGAGUUACCCCCUAGCACUUCAUGAGUCAUUAUUUGUAAAUUUGAUCAUGCAUCACCGGAGAGCACUGAACGUAGUAAACACAAGCCAACAUACUCCUUCAUAAAAUAAUGGACAACGAAAGGCUCACACAAUCUACACCGCAUAGGAAUGUCACCCAUGCCAAAGUGGAAGACUUACUUGUUAGCGAGA